GCUGGACAAGUCAGUCGAUCUAGGCUGGCGAUACGGGUAGCUCGUCGCGCUGGCGCCCAAAGACAGGCCGUAUGGUCUUCAGCACACGGCCCCCAAGCGCCACAAGUAGCCCUCGUAUUCCUUCGCUCGGAUCCGUCACCGGCGAUCAAGGCAACCCGCGCGACCGCUGCGGCCUACUCUCUUUCCCCUCUUCCUCGAAUGUACUGAGCAACAAACGACUCGAUGCCGGAAAUAACAUUCGUCUUUGGGCCCAACAAUACAUUCUUUUUCGAUUGUCCCAAAACAUGGAAAUUCCAUGGAAUCCCGCAAACGCUGCGUCAAUUGUUCAAUAGUUCCAUGGGACCGGCAUGGAGGAUUGCCCAGCCGUAUUGUGUAGGCCUUGCGCCGCAAGUCAACUCCCCGGAGCCGUUGUGGUAUGUUGGAUGCAAGACGUUGAACGGCGAAGACAAGCUCUUCUACUCCCAGACCUACUUCGAUGUCAACUACGCCGAUCUCGCACGAUGGACCAAGUCAUUUCCUAAUGCGCCGCGAUUGUGUUUCGUGACCUUUGGCCAGAACCUCAGCUACUUCGCAUCAGCCCCGGGCCAUGGAUCAAUAUGGGGUGGUAUACCGUCAGAACUCGAAGAUAAAGUGCGCAAGGCUUUCGAUACACCAUGCUGCGUAGCUCUAGGCCAGAAGAACGCCUGGCUGGUCCUGUAUCCAGAUGGGUAUAUUGCAUGGAAGUUCUAUGGCCACUAUAGCGCAUUGGACAAGAUCUUGAAGGACGCUGCGCCCCAAUCCGUCUCUUAUGUUGCCCUUUCGCCAUACCACAAAGAGCAUUACUUCGUUGCCUUCAAAGAUCGAUCAAUCAAAUACAACUUCACAGGCGCUCCUCCAGAGUGGAUGAGACUCAUGACCGAGGUCUUCGACGCAUGGGCCGCUGAGCGCCUGCAAAAACCAACGCAGUCCUACUUUCAGCCCGUUCCUUCACCAUAUCCUCAAUCGCAACCGUAUCCGCAGGCGCAUGCAUAUUCACCCCCAGCGCAACCAUAUCUACCACAGACACAACCAUAUUCACCUCCAGUGCAACCAUAUUUACCUCAAACACAACCCUACCCACCUCAAGCGCAACCGUACCCGCAGGGACAACCAUACCAGAAUAGCCCCCCGCCGUUUCCAUCUGCUAAUCCUCUGUCGCCGCCAUUGACACCAUUACCUCUCUACACAUCCCCUGUGCCGCAGAAUGCUAUGCCCGUUCCUGUGUACGGUUACCGAGCGCCGCAGGGAGGGGCCAUAGAGAUGCCCGCGGAGCUACCAGGACAAGUGCCGCUAUCUGCGCCAGCUCCUGUGCCCGUGAGGUCAGGCUCUACAGAUAAAAAGAAGAGAAAGAAGGAAAUCCUUUCAAAGAUGUGGUUUGACUUCUCUUUAUAGACUGACUACCGCGCGGUAGCAGUCUUACUCUUACUUUCAGUUAUGAUACCCGACUAUAUAUUUGUUUGAUCUGCAAAGCCAAGUAGGCUUCAUUUUUGGCGUUAUUGGCUCUUCCUAGUUGAAUAUCACUGUCUGAACCCAGAGAUCGCUUUAGUACGUUAUACCCAUCAUCAAAUAGUACUUUUCGCCAGUCGCCUCGCUAUCAUAAAGCUGGA